AUGAGUGCAAAUAUCCAAGCUCUUAUGAAAAGCUAUGUCAAUUUUGACGAACACACUUCUGGUUCCGCUGCCAGAGGUAUUUUAAUCGGUAUGUUUGCUGCUUUUGGUGGGUUUUUGUUUGGUUACGACACUGGUACUAUUUCUGGUGUAUUGUCUAUGGACUACGUUAAAGCCAGAUUCCCCAACAACAAAACCGAUUUCACUUCUGGUGAAAGUUCCCUUAUUGUCUCCAUUUUAUCAGUCGGUACUUUUGUUGGUUCCUUGAUUGCCCCAUUGUUUUCCGAUAGAAUUGGUCGUAGAUGGACAUUGAUUUUAUCUACUUUGAUUGUUUUUAACUUGGGAGUUCUUUUACAAACUGUUGCCACUGAAAAGAAAUUGCUUAUUGCAGGUAGAGCCAUUGCCGGUACUGGUGUUGGUUUAAUUUCAUCUGUUAUUCCUAAUUAUAUUUCGGAAACAACACCAAAGUGGGCUAGAGGUGCUGUCACUGCUUCAUACCAAUGGAUGAUCACCUGGGGUCUUUUAAUUGCUGCUUGUGCCAACAAGGGUUCCCAAGGUAGAAAAGACUCUGGUUCCUAUAGAAUACCCAUUGGUAUUCAAUUUUUGUGGGCAUUGAUUUUGGGUAUUGGUUUCUUGUUUCUCCCAGAAACCCCAAGAUACUGGGUUUCCAAGUCUGAAGAAACUAAAGCUAAAGAUUCUUUGAGAAGAAUUAGAAACUUGCCUGUUGAUCACCCAGAUUUGGUGCUGGAAUACGAUGACAUUAAAGCAAACUUUGAUUUCGAAUCCAAAUAUGCCACUUCUUCUUGGACCCAAGUUUUCAAAAACGUUAACAAACAACACCACAGAUUAUUCACUGGGGUUGCCAUCCAAGCUUUGCAACAACUUACUGGUAUUAAUUUCAUCUUCUACUAUGGUACUCAAUUCUUCAAGCGUUCUGGUAUUGAAGAUCCUUUCCUUAUCCAACUUGCCACUAAUAUUGUUAAUGUUGGUAUGACUGUGCCGGGUAUUAUUUUGGUUGAAACCUGGGGUAGAAGACCAUUGUUGAUGGCCGGUAGUGUUGUUAUGGCUGUCUCCCAAUUGAUUGUUGCCAUUGUUGGUGUUGCUGCUAGCAGUCAUGCUGCAAAUCAAUGUUUAGUUGCUUUCAGUUGUAUUUUCAUUGCUGGUUUCGCAGCAACUUGGGGACCUCUUUGUUGGGCUAUUUGUGGUGAAUCCUUUGCUUUGAACGUGAGACUGAAAUCAAUCUCCUUGUGUACCGCAAGUAACUGGCUUUGGAAUUUCGGUAUUGGUUAUGCUACUCCUUAUAUGGUUGAUUCAGGUAAAGGGAACGCCGACUUGGGUUCAAAGGUGUUUUUCAUUUGGGGUGGAUGUAACGUCAUUGGUGGGUUGUUUGCAUACUUUAUGGUUUACGAAACCAAGAGUCUUACAUUAGAACAAGUUGAUGAAUUGUACUUGAAAGUUGAUCACGCUUGGCAAUCUAAAGGAUUUGUUCCUAGUGUCCACGCAUUUAGAGAUGAUGGCGAUAUUGAGCACAUCUCUUCUGAUGGAAAAGCCGAAAUGGUUGAAGUUGAUGAAAAUUCCGUUUAA